AUGAGAAAACAUCACCCGAGACCUGAGGGCCUCGUGCUACGACCGCCCAAGGAUCGUCGCGAAAACAAGCACCAAAACAAAGGAUAUGCUGUUCAUCAAUCUGAGUUUGCCGUGGUUGAUGCCAGGUUUGGGUCCUACAUACGCAGACUGUCCAACGCCGGGCAAUCGGAGUCGGCGACAAGGAUGUUUGAUCAAAAGGGCGGCAUUGAUACGCCAUGCAGCGAGUCAGCAAUUGCCGAUUUCGGGAGUUCUCAGAGCAGGCCGGGACUUGACAGAAGGCCGGGUAUUGUGCUGGGGCAGCCCUGGUAG